GUCUUUUUCGAAUAAUCGACAUAAGUGGAAGUCAUCUGAAAACUACAGACAACAAUUAUUCACCAUGGAAACUUUCUGCGUGUAACAACCACAGCUCAUAUCAGGCAACUAUGAAUACUUACACCAAUUCUCUUAUCCACUUAAUAUAUGUAAAAACCAACAAAAAAACAAACAAAAGAGGUGAAUGGAACGCCAAGGUAUUUUUGCAUAGCUCGACUACAUCAACCAUUCAAAACAUUUCAAAAGAAACAAAUAGGCAAAACAACAUGGACGACGCCGUAUAUAAUAAAAAUGAUGACACAAACAUCUCUCUCGUCGUCAACGCAACCCUCAUAGACAUCUACAACGGCGAGACAAUUACCGUCCACGAAGGCCAGCCAUGGGCCUACAAGUUCUCUAUUCCCCAAUGGCCGGAAAGCGAGAAUAUACUAAUCGGACGCGGAGAAGUCGAACUCCAAAUCGGCAUGGGAUAUAUGUUACACGGACACCUCUCAAUCAACGAAGGCAAAAACUGGACACGCACUGCAUUCGAAGUCGACGAUGCGGUAGAAUUAUGUAGGACUGCUAGGGAAGAAGAAAAGCGUCCAGAAUUUCGUCUUUCUGGUUUCGUGCUCGAGGCUAAGAAUGGGUGGAUCACUUUAGGUUGGGAGAGAAAUGAUGAUGACGUGGGAAAUUUUGCAUGGGUGUAUGUGAGGGUUCGGUGGGAGACGGCAAAUGAAUAUAUGCUGUUUAAACAGUAUUAUGUGGAGGGCUAUAUGAAUGGGUAUGAUCGCAUGAAGGACUGGGUUGCGACUUUAGUCACUCUUGCUCCUUGAGUAGUAAUCGAAACUGGAUGGGAAAAUUGAGGCUGGGUAUGGCUUUAAUCUGGGCAUAUUGCGGUGGUCUAUCACUGGCCGACCACACGAGUCGUUUUUUUUUCAUGCUGACUUAAUAUUCUCUUGCUAAGUAUUAUCAAAGUCCUUUGUAAUUUAUCGAAACUGAAGCUCUCAAGGCGUGAAAUCUUCGAUAUUACGGAGGUGAAAUGAAGGCCGUUUUCGCACAAACAUAACUGUUAUUGAGAAGUAACAUUUUCCCAGAGAACUUUAAAGUUCAACCCACAAGAGGCGCUCAUUGAACUUUGCAUCUAAUGUCUCUGGGUCUGAUAUUCCACCACAUGGCGUGCGAAGGGUUAUAGGAACAACUCGCUCUGCGCAACUUAAAAGCAGCAAAGAGCAAUCAUCAUAAUAUCAUGGUGACAUUGUAGUCAAUAGGGAUGAUUCGAAGCA